UGUUUUUCUGUAUAACUUUUUCUUUAGUAUUGUUCUGGGAUCCUGAUGAAUCUUUUCCACUUUUCUACGAGAAGGUUGGUUUCUCAAGUGUACUGUGGACUUAAACCUGCGUCUUCCAAGAAACAAAGAAUUUGCUUUGAAAUGGCUCGGCCCAGUUCAAAUAUGGCUGAUUUUCGAGAAGUCUUUGCUAAAGCAAAGCACAUAGCUAUCAUUACAGGGGCUGGCGUAAGUGCGGAGAGUGGUGUUCCAACCUUCAGAGGCGCAGGGGGAUUUUGGAGGAAAUGGCAAGCUCAGGAACUGGCUACUCCAGAGGCUUUUGCAAGGAAUCCUUCUAGGGUGUGGGAAUUCUACCAUUACCGUAGGGAGCUCAUGAUGAGUAAAAAUCCCAACCCAGCACACAUUGCCAUAGCAGAAUGUGAAGCCAGGCUAAGCAAGCAAGGCAGAAGUAUUGUGGUCAUCACUCAGAACAUAGAUGAGCUCCACAGGAAAGCUGGAACUAAGCAUCUCUUAGAAAUUCAUGGCAGCUUAUUCAAAACCCGAUGCACCAGUUGUGGAAAUGUGACAGAAAAUUACAAGAGUCCAAUUUGUCCUUCUUUGGCUGGGAAAGGUGCUCCAGAUCCUGAGAUCAAAGAUGCUAAGAUCCCUGUGGAAGACCUCCCUCGGUGUGAAGAUUGCAGUGGCCUCUUGCGUCCUCAUGUUGUAUGGUUUGGAGAAACUUUGGAUUCUGAUAUCCUUACAGCUGUUGAAAAAGAACUUGAAAUUUGUGACCUCUGUUUGGUAGUUGGAACCUCUUCUAUAGUAUAUCCCGCUGCUAUGUUUGCUCCCCAGGUGUCUGCCAGAGGAGUGCCAGUUGCAGAGUUCAAUAUGCAGAGCACCCCAGCUACAGAUAAGUUCAGUUUUCAUUUUGCAGGUGCUUGUGGUACCACAUUGCCCCCAGCAUUGGCUCGCCAUGAAACUGAGAUUAUCUCAUGAAUGUUCAUCACGGGCACACAGGAAAAUAAUCUGAUUACUAAAUUCAGCAGUGCAAACACAAGACCAACGUGGAAUGUAUAGAAAAAGCUUUGUGUAUACCUUGGAAACUGGAUCUGACAAUGAAACUAAAUCAUGAUUCUCAGUUGAAUUACAAGAAUGAAUAAAAAUAUAGAGCUAUCGUGGACACUGGCAUGCGAAAAGCUGUUAUAUUUUGUUGUGCAAAAUUAUGUAAAACAAAAGCAUAAAAAUAUUAACAGUUCAAAGCAUAGUGUCAUAUUGGGGACAGCAGGUUGUUUGUGCUUCCAUAUAUCAGACUGUUACGUUUACUGAAUCAAAAAUAGGGACGUCGCCUUUACUGUAUACUUCUUAAUGACUAUAUGGUUCACAAAGUGAAACAGCUGUAAAAUUCUUGAAAAAUUUAAGGAUGAGUGGCCAUUUGGUAGAGUUGCAGCUUCUUUACCUUACACUCCAGUAUUUUUUCAGGAAUUCAAUAAAACAAGAUCUUAUUCUUCACAA